UACUCCCGGUUGCCUCGGUAAAUGGUGUCUCUGAUUUGCUCCAAUAAUUGUACAAAUACUGUUUACGGUGGCGGUCUUUACUAUACAUUAGUUGGUCCCGAAAAUCUGGAGUGCACUGGUUGUACAUCCAUUGCUGUACACGAAUGCGAUGGAUGAAGAUCUGAUCGAAUAUGCCCCUAAUAUUCCGGACAAUGUGUUGGAGCUAAUAUUCUCCUAUUUGAAGCUACAGGAUUUACGGAACUGCGCUUUGGUUUGCAAAAAUUGGUAUCGCUUUUUGUGUGAUGAAAACAAUGAAGUUUGGCGGGCGCAAUGUUUGCAAAAAGUUCCAACAGAAGCGUUCAAAAACGAUCUUUUGUCGGUAGUGCCAUCGUACAAAGCAAAGCUUAGGGCAUUUUUCCAUGCAUGGAAUCCUUUCGAUUGUAGUCGUCAUGUGUAUAUUAAACCAAAUGGAUUCACUCUUCACAGGAAUCCUGUGGCACAGAGUACCGAUGGAUCCAGGGGAAAAAUUGGGUUCAAACACGGUAGACAUGCCUGGGAAGUACGAUGGGAAGGUCCUCUUGGAACGGUAGCGGUCGUUGGAAUUGCAACCAAAGAUGCGGCAAUUCAAUGUCAUGGAUAUUAUGCUCUGCUUGGUGCUGAUGAUCAAAGUUGGGGUUGGAAUCUGGUAGAUAACCUAUUACUGCACAAUGGGGAUGCGCAUGGAAUAUAUCCUCUGCUGAAUAAUGCCCCAAAGUAUAAGGUAGGAGAAAGAAUUCGAGUUAUUCUAGACUGCGAUGACAAUACAUUGUCAUUUGAAAAGAAUUAUGAAUUUCUGGGAGUAGCUUUUACAGAUUUACCUGAUAAAAUGUACUAUCCAACUGUGGCCGCAGUGUAUGGAAACACGGAAAUUUCGAUGGUGUACUUAGGCCCUCCAUUGGACGGGUAGACUGGCUUAGUUGAAACAAAACAAAAGCUGUGUUGGGAAUUUUUUUCAAGAAAGUUUAUAUGGGGUCUGAGCUUACUCAUAACUCUUAUCCGCAUAAUACCUCUUACUCAAGAACAAUCUGCCUUUAGUCGCCACUCGCACCGUAAUAGAGCAACGUUUUAUUUAUUAUUAUUAUGUGUUAGUCAUAUAACAGUUCUGUUUAAUGUGAAAAGUAUUGUUGACAGAUAGGAUGGAUGUAAUUUCUAUUGUAACUUGACCAAAGCAAAUAGCAAAAAUUCACAAGAAUAAUUUUUGUUUAGUCGCCGCUCGCACAGUACUAGGACAAUUUAUAUUUUCUUAUUUUUUAAACAAUCUGUUAGUAACGUAACAAUUCCGUUUAAUGUGAAAAAUAUUUUGUAGACGGGUAUGAUGGAUUCGAAUAUCUAUCAUAUCCACAGAUUUAAAUGUUUGAACUUGACCAAAGCAAAAAUACUACAGUUCCCGAGAUAUGCGAUUCCUCUUAUACGCGGUUUCAGAGAUCUACGGUUUUUGUAAUUUUACAGUCUAUGGUACAAAACAUUAGCAAAAAGAUGAAAAAUUAUUCCAAAAUAUCAUCCUUUGCCAUAAAAAACUUGUUUAAAGUUUAUCUUAAUGUAUUUUUUAAAAAAAUCACCUGAUUUGCUGAAUAAAUUAAAUGCAGAGAAGUAAGUCUACUAUGUAACUUUGAAGUAUAAACUAUUUUACUCGCGGAUACGACUUACGUUGGAAUAUGAGAUACGCAGAUUUUCCCGGGUUAUAGCGGUCCGCUAUAAUAGCGUAUCUCGGGGACUGCCUGUACAUAUAUUUCUUCUGUAAAUGAUGCGAGUUUUUUUUAUUUAAAUCAAUAUAUUUAAUUUACAGAACAUUCCUACGCUUAAGUAAGAACUAAGUUGUUUAUUUUUGUGUAGGUAAUUAUUUAUUCAAGCAAUACUCAUGGCAGGCAAUUAUUAAUUGAUAGAUUUGUUAAAGUUUUUAUUUAAUGUAUUAUUUUGCAUUCUUAGUUGAGGCGUAUAGUUGACAUAAGCAUUCCAUGUAUAAAUUGAUUGCGACAUAGAUAAAUAAAUUGGAGGACAAGCA